UGCCUGACACCCACCCGGGUUUGCAGGGACAGCGUGCCCCACGGCUUCACCUUUCACUCUGCCGGUGCGCGCCCCAGCCGGUCUGAGAGACGAGAGCGCAGAGCUGUAGGAAUGGAAACAGGACAGAGGAAAAGGCAGAUGGGAAGGACGACGGCAAUUGAAUUUUUAGUCUCAGAAUUUAGGCAAUGCUGAGGAGGGUGGCAACAUCAUUUCCCUGUUUCUGUUUGUUGUUUCUGGCUGGGAUGUCGUUUUUGGUCCCAGCAAGGCCCCAGCGGUACUCGGAUGGCCUGGUACCAGCACGGAGGCAGCAAUAGCCACUCACGUGAAGACUACAAGGGUGGUCACUCUGCCUGUCAGCAUUUUGCCUCCUGGAGAUAUGCAGCAUCUGAAAAGAGUUCAAGGCUUACUGAGGAAAGCUGACAGCAAGAGAACGAAUUCUUCUGUUGCUGGACCCUGACAGUUUUGAUGAAUAUGACAUGUUUGUGGAACACAGAUGUUCUGACUUUGGGAUGGACUCUAGUAAGAAUAAGUACCCUGGAGACAGUGUGGUGACUGGCCGUGGACGGAUUAAUGGGAGACUGGUUUAUGUUUUCAGUCAGGAUUUUACUGUAUUUGGAGGUAGUUUAUCUGGAGCUCACGCCCAGAAGAUCUGCAAGGUCAUGGAUCAAGCUGCCCUGGUUGGCGCGCCUGUGAUUGGGUUGAAUGACUCAGGAGGAGCCCGCAUCCAGGAGGGAGUGGAGUCACUGGCUGGCUAUGCAGAUAUAUUUUUGAGAAAUGUUCUGUGCUCUGGGGUAGUUCCUCAGAUUUCCCUCAUUAUGGGUCCUUGUGCUGGCGGAGCUGUGUAUUCACCUGCUUUAACUGAUUUCACAUUCAUGGUGAAGGAUACGUCCUACCUUUUCAUUACUGGCCCAGAUGUAGUUAAGUCUGUUACCAAUGAAGAUGUCACACAAGAGCAGCUUGGGGGUGCGAAGACGCACACAGCUGUGUCUGGAGUCGCACACAGGGCCUUUGAGAAUGAUAUAGAUGCUUUACUUAAUCUCCGAGAGUUCUUUAAUUAUUUACCUCUUAGCAACCGUGACCCUGCUCCAGUCUGUGAAUGCCACGACCCCAGUGACCGUUUGGUUCCUGAGCUGGACACAAUUGUCCCAACUGAAUCUACUAAAGCCUACGACAUGCUGGAUAUCAUACACUCUAUUGUCGAUGAAAGGGAGUACUUCGAGAUCAUGCCUUCCUAUGCCAGAAACAUUGUUGUUGGAUUUGCCAGGAUGAACGGAAGAACUGUUGGGAUUGUGGGCAACCAACCCAAAGUAGCAUCAGGCUGCUUGGACAUAAAUUCUUCCGUGAAAGGAGCCCGCUUUGUUCGUUUCUGUGAUGCUUUCAACAUACCUUUGAUUACUUUUGUGGAUGUUCCUGGAUUUUUGCCAGGUACAGCUCAGGAAUAUGGUGGAAUCAUCCGUCACGGUGCCAAACUACUGUUUGCCUUUGCAGAAGCAACUGUGCCUAAAAUUACUGUCAUCACCAGAAAAGCCUACGGGGGCGCCUAUGAUGUGAUGAGUUCAAAGCAUUUAAGAGGAGAUGCGAACUAUGCUUGGCCUACUGCAGAGGUGGCGGUGAUGGGUGCCAAGGGGGCUGUCCAGAUCAUUUUCAGAGGAAAAGAGACAGAUGCAGAGGCAGAAUAUGUGGAAAAAUUUGCAAACCCCUUUCCUGCAGCCAUGAGAGGGUUUGUUGAUGAUAUCAUCCAGCCUUCAACCACCCGCACGCGCAUCUGCCGUGACCUUGAUGUGCUGGCUAGUAAAACACAGUCCAGUCCCUGGAAGAAACAUGCUAAUAUCCCACUGUGAGUGUAAGGAGGGACUUGGCCAUGCUGGAAGACAUGGCAGUAUUCUGAAUACAAAUACUUUAUGUUUAUGUGGCUUUCUACAUUGCAAUAGAAGUAUUUUACUUUGAUUUUGCUAAUGAUCAUCAAUAAAUCAUAGUACGUAUCUCAUUUAA